AUGGGAUGGUUGAAGUUGAAUUUGAAGAAAAAUACUCUUAAAUUGGGUAGCAAAAGUGUUGCGAAAGAAAGAGUGUCAAUACACAGCGAACUAUCAGUAGUAUAUGAUAAGAAACCCAAGGUUGAAAGGAGCAAGAAUGGCAUUGGCAUUCUUAAUUUUCUUCCUGGGAAGAACUAUUUCAUUAGUGGUGCCACUGGUCUCCUAGCCAAAGCUGUAGUUGAGAAGAUACUACGAGCAACACCUGAGGUUGGCAAAAUCUAUCUUUUAAUUAAGGCAGAAAGCAAAGAAGCUGCAUUAGACAGAAUAAAAUAUGAAAUUAUAAAUUCAACUUUAUUCAACUUGGUGAGAGAUAUGCAUGGGGAAUCUUACCAAGAUUUCAUGUUAAGUAAGCUGGUUCCUGUACCUGGAAAUAUUGGUGAAUCAAAUCUUGGAAUGAAUCCUGAUUUAGAGAACGAAAUUGCAACAGAUGUAGAUGUUAUUAUAAAUUCAGCAGCCAAUACAACAUUUGAUGAGAGAUUUGAUGUUGCUGUGAACAUAAAUACAAAAGGACCAUCUCAAAUACUCAAUUUCGCAAAGCAGUGCAAGAAACUUUGUUGUUUCAUACAUGUAUCAACUGCAUACGUUACUAUGGGAAACUUAGGCGAGACUCUCACCUCCAAAACCACACCAUUAUCACACCCUACUGUGGAUGUUGAUGCCGAAGUGAAGUUGGCUUUGGAUUCAAGUCUUGCUUUUCAUCGAGGUGCAGAACUUACUCAGAAAAUGAAAGAAAUGGGUCUAGAAAGAGCAAAAAGUUGUGGUUGGAAAAAUGUUUAUGAGUUUACCAAGGCCAUGGGAGAACUAGUAAUUGAUAAGAACAGAGGAGAAAUCCCAGUUGCUAUUGUUCGUCCAAGCAUUGUUGAAAGCACUUUUAGGGAGCCUUUCCCUGGAUGGAUACAAGGAAACAGGAUGAUUGACCCAGUUGCUAUUGCAUAUGGCAAAGGCCACCUUCCUGCAUUCCUAAACCCUAAAACAGUCAUAGAUAUAAUUCCAGUUGACAUNCUUUCACAAAGCUUUUAA